CUACACUCGUUGCCAUUGAUUCCCAGGAGCGGCCGCGCGGCUUGUGGCAGGUUGGACGGCUGCAUCGCUACCGCACCGAGCUAAACCAGCACCUCGUUAAUCGAGCGUGGUAUCCAAUGCGGCGGGCAUCGUGGACCGGGCAAGAACCGCUUAUUUGCUCGUGCAGCUGUCUUGAAAAUAUAUUCAGGGGUGUUCUUAAACCUUGCCUAUGCACGCUUUAAUAGAAUGCUCUGAUAAGGAGAAUUAAACGCGUCUGCAGUUGCCUUCAGCGAUAUCUGACUGGUAGAGAGCAAGAACCGCAGAGGGAGAGGACAUAAUUAGCUGAAUAUAUAUACAGACUAUCCACCCACUCUUAUUGUUACGCUUACUUGUUUAUAAUCCGGCUUUCUCUAAGGCUGUGUACGCAUUGCAGUUUACUUAGGCUCAUCAUGGGCGCUCCCACUGCUGGUGUUUGAAGCUGAGUACACGUGAAGAUGUUAGCCAGGAUCCAUGUGCAUCCUGUAGCCGCUCCAGAAAUUCUGCUGUUUGAUGCCUUUCUUCCUCAAGCCAGCUUCCAUCUGAUUCGAAUAUGCAAGCUGUGGUUAGGCUGAGGUGUGUACACAGCUGCUGCUUGUCCACAGACAACCAUAGUGCCUGGAGACAAGACAGUCAACUUGUUUAUCCAUAGCACUGACCAGAGGAGAAAUGACCACUGGAAGGAGCGUAGAGAGAAUAAAUGCCAUGGUGCAUCUGCAGAAGCACAACCAGAUGCCUACAUCUGCACCAACAGCAACAAAACAUGUCUCUCCUGCAUUGGUUUCUACAGCCACACCAGGUGCUGUAACCUUUCAACACUUUGACUUUGCCCCCAGAGGCACACUCCUCCAUUGUCUUCUGAGAAAGAUGGAUGCCAACCCAACCCUAACCUUUUAGCCAAGAGGUGGAGAGAAAAGGUUACCUUAAACUGAACCCAAUCAGAAAUUUGUAGAAGCAAAAGAAUGCUAAAAUUAUCCUUGCCACAUGAAUAGAUGACACAAAUGACCACCCCCCUCAUGUUUCCACGUCUGCCAUGAAUGAAGAGAAACGGAAUCUCGCCCUGGGAGGCCAUGUUGGAUUUGACAGUCUUCCUGAUCAGCUUGUCAGCAAAUCUGUAGCGCAAGGCUUCAGCUUCAACAUCCUCUGUGUGGGUGAAACUGGCAUUGGGAAGUCAACGUUGAUGAACACACUCUUCAAUACAACAUUUGAGACUGAAGAAGCCAGUCACUAUGAGCACGCUGUUCGCUUGCGGCCACGGACUUACGACCUGCAGGAGAGCAACGUCCACCUGAAAUUAACCAUUGUAGAUGCUGUGGGGUUUGGGGAUCAGAUAAAUAAAGAUGAAAGUUACAGGCCGAUAGUAGAUUACAUUGACACGCAGUUUGAAAACUACUUACAAGAAGAGCUCAAAAUCCGGCGUUCCCUCUUUAAUUAUCAUGAUACAAGAAUCCAUGUCUGCCUUUAUUUCAUCACUCCAACUGGUCACUCGCUGAAGUCCUUGGAUCUGGUAACCAUGAAAAAGCUGGAUAGUAAGGUGAACAUUAUCCCUAUAAUUGCCAAAGCUGACACCAUUUCCAAGAGUGAGUUGCACAAGUUUAAGAUUAAGAUCAUGAGUGAACUGGUUAGUAAUGGAGUCCAGAUCUAUCAGUUCCCCACGGAUGAUGAUGCUGUGGCUGAGAUUAACUCUGUGAUGAAUGCUCAUCUGCCGUUUGCUGUUGUAGGAAGCACAGAAGAGGUAAAGGUUGGAAAUAAAAUGGUGAGGGCUCGGCAAUAUCCUUGGGGUGUGGUACAAGUUGAGAAUGAAAGCCACUGUGACUUUGUAAAGCUGCGAGAGAUGCUGAUCCGUGUCAACAUGGAAGAUCUGCGGGAGCAAACUCAUACUCGCCACUACGAGCUUUACAGGCGGUGUAAGCUAGAAGAAAUGGGCUUCAAAGAUACUGAUCCCGACAGCCAGCCAUUCAGCCUUCAAGAAACCUAUGAGACCAAGAGAAAAGAAUUCCUCUGUGAGUUGCAGAAGAAAGAGGAAGAAAUGAGGCAAAUGUUUGUGAACAAGGUCAAGGAAACAGAGUUGGAACUGAAAGAAAAGGAGAGAGAACUGCAUGAGAAGUUUGAACAUCUAAAAAGAAUGCAUCAGGAAGAGAAGAGGAAAGUGGAGGAGAAGAGGAGAGAGCUGGAGGAGGAGAUGAACGCCUUCAACAGGAGGAAAGUGGCAGUUGAAACCCUGCAGUGUCAGUCUCUGCAAGCCACUUCACAGCAGCCACUGAAGAAGGACAAAGACAAGAAAAAUUGAUCUCACACACAGACUUGUAUGCCAGGAGCGGACUCUGUGCAUUCAUAUGUUUUAGUUGCUUGCUUUUCCACCUUGUGAAUCCUUCUGUCAUACCAUUGUGCAAGUGAAACAGCAUGAAAGACAAACUGACCAUCUGGUGCGUUUUUCAGUGACUGGAUUGUGACUAUGCAGGAUGUUAACGUUUUUAAGAAAACAUUUGCCUUGUCUUUGCAGAUUCCCUGUGGAAAAUCCUCGUAUUGCUAGUUCUGAAAUGUCAGGGGUUUAAUUUGUUUUAAACCCAGUGAAUUACUAUCUAUUUAUAAAAUGGCCCUAGCUAUAUCUAAUACAUUUUUUAAAAUGCAAUCUUGAUGAAAGAGUUCCAUAUAAAAGUUUCUGUUGGGAACCUGUUUAUUUCCAUUUUUCAAAUUUAUUUUAGGAUAAAUAUCACCAAUAGUUUAUUUUUAACAAAAAUUGCAAUCUGAAUGCUUUACGAGUUUGAAGUGACACUUUAAAUUUAUUAUUUGAAGAAAGCAGUUUCUACUUCAUAACUUGCACACUAGUGUGCAGUUUAAAUAAGACAAACAUCUUGUAUAUUGUUCUGCUAUUUAUAUUAUGUUGCUGAAGUGCAACUCCUUAUUAAACAGUAGUUUUAAGGGGACUUAUUUUCACUGUACACUACAUUAUGGCUGAGAAGUAUAAUUCCUUUUCUUUCACUAGCGUAUGCUCCUGUCUGAGUAGAUGUUCAUCCUCAAACUUAUUAUUUUUAAUAAUAAAUAAAAUAAAUUACAACUCCAUAAUCAAAAGUAGAACCUAGAAAAUUGCAGUUAAUGUUUAUAAAUCACUCUCUGCAUCCAUCUCCACUCUGGAUGCUACUUCUGCCUUUAAUGCUGCUCCCAUUUUUUAAACCUGUUGAUUUUGACUAUCCUAAAAUGACUAUAAAAACAAGCAGGAUUUGGAUAUUUCAGUAGCUGGAAGGAGAUGUUCUCCUUUUUAUGGUGGCGGUGAAACAAUCAGUAAAAAUGGCUUUGAUAGAAAGAAUUCCCUGUACUUCUUGAACCCUAGGCAGCUAUCAGUUAAAAGUAAUCCUGCAAACACCUAGAUGUGAAUAUUUUGAAGACAAUUUCUUUGUGCAGAUUUACAUUCUUUAGCCAAGCUCAUGCACAUGAGUUGACCAAAUCCAAAAAAAGCCUCUUUAGACGAAAUUAAGAGGGCUGCUUAACAUGAUUUGCUUUUCCAAAUGUAUCAUGCCUUUUUGCCACAUGCUUUGUGGAAGGAUGCAUUUGAGACAAGGGCUUGUGAAAUGACUGCAAUUUUCAGGAGCAUCUCGGCCUGCCAGACAGGCAACCCUGAGAUCCAGCAGGGUUGCUUGCUGUGAGUGGGGAUGCAGAUAUAUGUUGGACACCUUCAUGAAUUAAAAGUGAAAAUGGCAAAGUGCCAUGUCCAGCAGACCUCCCUGUAGUGAGGGGAAAUGAGUUGCAUGGCCCGAUUAACACUAAUCAGGCUGCAGGGCAAAGAUUUCUCAGGUCAUCUACGAACUUCCACAAUGUUGUUGAACAUCACAUUUUAUUCUUUCCACAAGCUUUGGUGAGAAAACCUAGCUGUAAGAGCUUGUUUGCAUAGAGAAGUACAGGUGGGAGGAUAGAAGAUGUACUAAGGCUGUGUACACACUCCUAUUUCCUCUGCAUUCAGUGCGCUUCCACCACUGGUUUGGGAAGCCAUGGGCGCACAAAUUUCGCCGCAGUCUGCAUCUAGCCUGUAGCUCCUUGUGGAAGACUGCAUUUUUAUUCCUGCCCGCCCCAGCCCCCCACCCCCAAGCCAGCUUCGAUCUGAACUGAGAACUGCUCAUUGGGUAAAAGUAUCCCUUCCCUGUCUCCAACCUCAGGUGGGAACAUUCAGCGGGAGACUUAAAUAUACCAAGCCAUGCUGAUAUGUACAAAAGCAUGCAAAUGCAGUUUUGAAACACAGUGAAAAAGAACAAGCACCUUGCAUUUUAAGCCAAUAAUGUGUACACAGCCUGAGAGUCUCCUGCCAGUUCUUUUCUGCUGUAUUGUGCAAACCUGGGAUGCACCUGUCAGCCACAGGGAGACAUGGACAAGCCAGGGGUCACAUGGUUCCCCACCAACACCAACACCCGUCUCUGUGUAAUGUUAAGUGACAGUUCACAUCUCUUUUUUUCUAUGGAAUUAAUUUAACCUUCCACUUCAGUUCUCUUCAGUGCCUGUAGCACAGCCUGUUUUUAAUUUUUAAAACAGCAAAAGGCAUAUUUUCUUGCCUGUCUCAAAGUAGCAUUUAGCUAUAAUCCGGGUCUAAGGUUCCUCAUCUUUUCCCACAGAGGCCCAUUACACAGGCUCAGAUAUUGAAACUCUGUCUUGUUUGUUUGUUUGUUUGUUUUCUCUUAAAAGGACAAUGUCUGAAUAUAUUGAAAAUAUGUUACAGUAUUACUUGAUAAUUGUAAAAACCUCAUGAAAAAAUUAUACUGGUACUGUUUAAUAGCAGACCCACCUAAUGGUGGUAUAGUGGAUAGUUAACCAUUUUUUAGGCGUUUGUAGUAAUCUGACUUUAAUAAAUAAAUAAAAAGGCUGUGCCUCUAUUAAGCUAAAUAUAUUUUCUAAAAUACUAGCUUUCAAAAUAGUAGGGAAGGGGCAAUGGUUGUGCACAGGAUCAAAUAUGCUGCAUUAUGUACACGAUGACAAUCCUGACACACAAUCAGUUAAAGUUGCAAAAGCAAACCAUGUUCGCUGGUGUGAAAACAAGAUUUCACAUGAGCCUGGAAAUUAAUUAAUAUGAACAAGGCUGCAGGGUUGUGGAAUAAAGGUGUGGUUUUUAUAAUCGGAUAUGCAAACUAAUAUAGCAUGGUAAGUUUUCCAGCAGUUGCACAAAGCAGCAAGAUCAUCUAUGCAAAUGUUUUCUUUCUGACUGGCUUUCUGGCAAUCACUUUGUUUCAGCCCUAUUUGAAAGUUUAUGAAAAAGUGGUAGCAAUAAUGAAAAGAUAAAACAUGUAGACACAUGGCCAUAAUGGCAAUCUAUUUCUGAUGAAGACAUUCAGAAUGUAUGUAACAAUAUAUUAAAUACAAUUAUAUAUAUAUAUGUAUGUAUGUAUGUGUGUGUGUUUGUACCUUUAUGUUGUGCUGACCAUUUUGUCAUUUUUAGUGAAAUACUGGCCUCAAUGUUUGGUGGCCUCAGUCUCUUUGUUAAACUUUCUGCAAUAGUCUUCCCCAGUAGAAACCAGUAUCAUUUUUCUCAGCUGGGGUAGUACUUGACUUUACAUUUUUUUGUAUGAGACCAAAUUGCAUAUAGUAGGUUCUAUAUGUUAUUUCUUAUUUAAUAAGUUCCUGGUUAUUACAAUGUGACACUAAUCUUAAAUUAAUUCUUAAAACUAAGCUUGAAGAUUCACCUCUUAUGUGUGAGGCAAGAAAAACAGGAAGACAACAAUCUGUUCAAAUCUCUCCGUUCUGUAUGUAGUUUGACGAAUGGAAAGACCACUUUCCAGCGAGCAUGCAUAUUUUUCUGUUUCCAAGCUUGCAUAUUUUAGACGACUAUUCAUUUUGUAGUUUGCAUAUUUUGAUUGGAGCAAAGCAGAUAUUUCCACCUGGAAGAUCGUACUGAAUUAAACUUACAAGGAGGCAACAGGAAAACCUAUGGAAUGGAUUUCAUGAAUUGCUAACAUGUCACUCUCAUUUUUGUUUUACAAGUUUUUUUAAGCUUUCACUUUUUCAGUUUCCUUUGUACUUCUUUCUUUUUAUUAAAUGUUACAUUUUAUUUUGA